UAGGGACUUUCCUGGGCUCCGACUUUCUCCCCUCCCAUUAUUUGCUUUUUACACUGCCUUCUCAGAACUGUUGCCCUUUUCUCCCUGUGCAGUUGUUUUUCCCCUAAAAAUUUUCUUCCGAAACGCAGUCUGGUCACUGAGGGUCGUCAUUGUCACCCGGGCUGCUCGCAGAGGCGCAGUUGAAGACGUUCCGGGCUGUAGGUGACCAGUCUUGGAAGUCUCCUCAAUAUUUUACUGGGGACAUCUUUUGUGAACAGGUCUCUGUGCCUGUAGGCUGGCAGAAGUAAAGGGAUUACCACAUGUCCGUCUUUAAAAUGGAGCCGUGUGAGUCUGUGAAUAUGCUUAUUCACAAUGGGGAUCUUGAUGAAAAUGGAUUUGGUUAUUCACAGUUACUGGAAAACCCUGAUCCUGAUUCGGAUAUUCAAAAUGGUCCUUAUUUGGCAAUCAUUGAACAACCCAAACAGCGUGGCUUUCGAUUCCGCUAUGUAUGUGAGGGGCCAUCUCAUGGAGGGCUACCCGGAGCUUCCAGUGAGAAAGGAAAGAAAACCUACCCUACUGUUAAAAUCUUCAAUUAUGUUGGCAUGGCUAAGAUCGAGGUGGAUUUGGUAACUCACACAGACCCCCCUCAAGUCCAUGCUCACAGUUUGGUUGGAAAACAUGCCAAUGAAACUGGAAAUUGCAUCCUAACUGUAGGACCUAAAGAUAUGACUGCUCAGUUUAAUAACUUAGGCAUUGUUCAUGUCACAAAAAAGAGUCAACUUUACAUCUUGAAAGAUAAGAUAAGAAGGCAGCUACUGAGAAAUUACAGGGGGACACGCACACUUACAGAGCUUGAGGAGAAGAAGAUUGAGGCAGAAGUUAAGGAGCUGAAAAAAGUUACAGAUUUAAGCAUUGUUCGCCUUCGGUUCACAGCCUAUUUGCCAGAUAGCAUGGGAGCUUAUACACUGCCUUUAAAACCAGUUAUUUCAGAUCCCAUCCAUGACAGCAAAUCUCCCGGAGCCUCCAACUUGCGAAUUUCCAGAAUGGACAAGAUAUCUGGGUCUGUGAAAGGAGGAGAUGAGGUCUACUUGCUUUGUGAUAAAGUGCAAAAAGAUGAUAUAGAAGUGAGAUUUUAUGAAGAUGAUGAAAGUGGGUGGCAGGCUUUCGGGGAUUUCUCACCAACAGAUGUCCACAAACAGUAUGCCAUUGUUUUCCGGACUCCACCAUACCACAAUAAGAAAAUUGAACGUCCAGUCACGGUGUUCUUACAGCUGAAGAGGAAACGUGGAGGAGAUGUCAGUGACUCUAAACAGUUUACAUACUACCCACUGGAGCAAGACAAAGAAGAAGUGGAAAGGAAACGAAGGAAAGACUUGCCAUCAAUGAAUUACUUUGGUGGCGGAGCAUCCAUGGGAGGUGCAGGAGGAGGAUCAGGAGGAUUUGGCCAUGGAGGUGGAAACAAUAUGAAUUUUACAUACAGAGGAAUGCACACUGGAUUCUCCUCCGCACCUUGGGGUAAUCACCAGAGCGGAGGGUUCAUGACAGCAAAAGAUGCACCAUUUGACUCCUCUGAAACAACACAACUAUUGACAGACCUCAAGAAAGAAGAACCCUCAACCAGUGUGCCUCAGGAACACACUGCAUCGCAACAUAGAGGUUCUCAGAGGGGCGCAGAACAAGCCCACGUAUGCAACCUAAGAAUGCUGUCUCUAGCUCAGCGCACAUCCAAAGCCUUAAUGGACUAUGCAGUAACGGCAGACCCUCGCAUGUUGUUGGCUGUACAGAGACCCUUGGUGGCCACACAGGAUCAGAAUGGGGACACGCCGCUUCAUUUAGCCAUCAUACAUGGGCAGACAGUUGUUGUUCAGCAGCUGGUAGAUGUCCUACUGGGCAUGCCAAAUGAAAAAAUCUUCAAUAUCUGCAACAACCUUCACCAGACUCCUCUUCACCUCGGGGUAAUCACCAAGCAGUACCAGACAGUUAGCAUUCUGCUAAAAGGCGGUGCAGACCCCACAAUCCUUGAUCGCUAUGGGAAUUCAGUGCUUCACCUGGCAGUUCAAGCUGGAGAUGUUGAAAUGCUUCAGGUCCUCUUGGAAAACACAUUUUCUGGAUACAAAUAUCUUCUUAACAUGCCAGACUACAAUGGUUUGUACCCAGUUCACUGGGCUGUGAAAGUAAAAAGUGAGAAAUGUCUGGAGCAGCUGGUGAGAAGCGGAGCUGAUGUCGAUGCUGCUGAACGCAAGAGUGGAAGAUCUCCCCUACAUAUCGCUGUGGAGAUGGACAACCUUAAUAUGGCCAUUUCUCUAGUUAAGAAACUGGGUGCAAAUGUCAAUGCUCAAACAUUUGGAGGAAAUACCCCUCUGCAUCUGGCUGCCAGUCUUGGGUCUCCAGUACUCACAAAGAUGCUUAUUAAUGCAGGUGCAAAUGCUCUGUUAGAAAAUGAUGAGCCAGUGCGUCCAGCAGCAGCAGCAGCAGCAUCCAGCGACGGUGAUGAUACCGACAGUGAGUCAGAUGUGCAGAUGGAUACUGACUCAGACCAGCAGGAGGACACCGAUUCAGAAGCGGAUGAGACCAUAGACAUGGAUCACGAUCACAGCAGAAUAUACUGUGGUGUUAAGAGGCGCUACCCUGGACACACACCUUUGGAUUUAACCCGAAGUCAAAAGGUGAGGGAUAUCUUGUCUAAACAUUCAUCUGGAGAUACAGCUAGAAAUAAAGCAGAACAGGAGCCAGUUAAUGUCCUUUCCCUGGAAACAAAUACUGUACAGCAUCUUGAAAGACUGUUAAAUGAAGGUCAGACCGGAUCUGAUUGGACGGAACUUGCCUCACGUCUAAGACUUCAAAGCUUAGUUGACACUUACAGAAACACUUCUUCCCCAACAGAAAGUCUUCUGCGCAGCUAUGAGCUUGCUGGUGGAAGCCUAAAUGAGCUCAUCCAAACUCUACAGUCCAUGGGAUUGAAUGAGGGGGUGGAGCUGCUGCGGAAAUCGGAGACAUUCAUCAAGCAGGAGAAUCAAGAGCCAAAGGUUGACAGUGCAUAUGGGAGCCAGUCUGUGGACAAUGAACAAUCUACAAGUUCUGAGCCUCAGAAGCCUUCCCCCAUGGGAUCCACAAGGUUGCGUCCAGAACAAGAACUAGCAAAAAGGACAGAACCAGCGAGUGGGCAAUAAACCAUGGACCUGAUAAUGAUAAACUCUUUCAUAUAGGAGAUCUAUUGAUGAUGGGAUGAACCAUGGAUUAGUUCUUUCCAAGUGAUGCAGUUGGUUAUAAUCUAGAAUACAUCAUAAAAUCGCAAUCCAAAAUUAUUCUGAUGAAUACUUUUCUGCCUUUGCCUACCCCUUAAGCAUCUUGCUAUGUGGUCAUAUUCAGAAGAGCAGUGAGUGACGACAAAACCCAAGGCAAACAACUGUUUAGGAGUCUGGAGUUGUACACAUAGACUGGGUACAUGAAAUAUGUGAAAUUCCUUUUCUUCAAAUACUGAUAAGUGAAUCAAGGCAAGUAAAUUGUUGAUCGUGUUAUCCCCAUGUACUAGUUCACAUUAUCUUCUAAACCUGUGGCUCUCCAGCUGUUGUGAAUAUUAAAAUCCAUGCCUGCAUGUGCUGGCAGCCACCAUCAGGGCAUGCUGGGAGUUGUAGUUUCACAGCAGCUUGGCGAUACGGGAAGCACACUGGUGUAAAGUAGAACUGGCUUAGUUGCCCAUAGCAACUAAUCAGAUUCCACCUUUCAUUACUCACAGGUCCAUUGGAAAAUGAAAUGUGGAAUCUGGUUGCUUUGGGCAACAAAGCCAGUUCUACUUUAGACCAGUUUGGUAAAUCUCCCCCACUGUUCUAAACUCUACUUUGUUCACGCGUUAUGUUAUUUAAAGGUCUGUUUUUAUUACAAAUAAAUAUACGGUAUUUUA